CCACAUUUAUAAAAUUGGAGCCAAACUCUACAAAUAUUUUGAGGAGUUGAUUUUUGACCAAACCUUUUUUUUCUUUUUUUUGCUUUGAGAAAAGCAAUGCAUUUGAACACUUUGACCUCUCUCACACACAAGGGUCAAGGAAAGUGCUUCUCUCUCAUUCACUUGAAUAUUAUAAUAUCAAAACCAUGUUGGAGAUGAUCAAAGUUGACAAAGAAAUAUACUUUUUGUUCUCUUUGUAAGUGCUUUUACCUAACACAAAUACAUUAUAUUUUUCUCUUUAAACUAAAAUCUCCCACCAACCUCAAAAGUAUUUCUUCUAUAUAAAGUCUCUUAUCAAACUACAUUCAUCAAUCAAGCCUCUCUAUUUCUAAAAAAUGGCUUUCUCUGCUACAAAAUCUAGUUCUACCUUUUCUCUAUUUUCAAUGCUUCUUGCUUCUAUUGUUACUAAGUUCAUAUUUCCAAUGUCUCCACUUGCUUUUGGAGUAACUAUCUUCCUUGUACCUCUCCUCACUUAUAUUAUCUCUUCCAUGGCCUUCCCCUCUAAGCUUCCUCCUGGCCCUCUCUCCAUUCCCAUUUUUGGCAAUUGGCUCCAAGUUGGUAACGAUCUCAACCAUCGUUUACUUGCUUCCUUGUGCAAGAGAUUUGGCUCCAUAUUCCUCUUGAAGCUUGGCUCCAAGAACCUUGUAGUUGUGUCUGAUGCUGAGCUUGCUAGCCAAGUUCUCCAUGCUCAGGGUGUCGAGUUUGGCUCUCGUCCUCGUAAUGUUGUGUUUGAUAUCUUCACUGGGAAUGGUCAGGAUAUGGUGUUUACGGUUUAUGGAGACCAUUGGCGUAAGAUGCGUAGAAUCAUGACGUUACCGUUUUUUACAAAUAAAGUGGUGCAUAAUUAUAGUGGCAUGUGGGAGGAUGAGAUGGACUUUGUGGUUCGUGACCUUAAGAGUAACAAGAAGUUUCAAUCAGAAGGGAUAGUGAUCCGAAAGCGUUUGCAGUUAAUGUUGUACAAUAUCAUGUAUAGAAUGAUGUUUGAUGCAAAGUUUGAGUCUCAAGAUGAUCCUUUGUUCAUCGAAGCAACUCGAUUCAACUCAGAAAGGAGUCGAUUGGCACAAAGCUUCGAGUACAACUAUGGAGAUUUUAUUCCUCUUCUCAGACCCUUUUUGAGAGGCUACUUGAACAAGUGUAGGGAUUUGCAAAGCAGACGGUUGGACUUUUUCAACAAAAACUAUGUUGAAAAAAGAAGAAAGAUAAUGGCUGCUAAUGGAGAUAAACACAAGAUAACUUGUGCCAUGGAUCAUAUCAUAGAUGCUCAAUUGAAAGGUGAGAUAAGUGAAGAGAAUGUGAUUUACAUCGUAGAGAACAUCAACGUGGCUGCGAUAGAAACAACACUAUGGUCAAUGGAAUGGGCAAUAGCCGAGCUAGUGAAUCAUCCCGAAAUCCAACACAAGAUCCGAGAGGAGAUUGCUAAUGUCCUAAAAGGAAAGGAAGUGACUGAAUCAAACCUUCAUGAAUUGCCAUACUUACAAGCAACAGUGAAAGAAACACUUAGGUUGCACACUCCAAUACCGUUGUUAGUGCCACAUAUGAACUUGGAAGAGGCGAAACUUGGAGGAUACACCAUUCCAAAGGAAUCCAAGGUGGUGGUGAAUGCAUGGUGGCUAGCUAAUAACCCCGAGUGGUGGAAAACUCCAGAGGAGUUUAGGCCAGAGAGGUUCUUCGAAGAAGAAAAUGGAACUGAAGCUGUUGCUGCAGGAAAAGUGGAUUAUCGAUUCUUACCCUUUGGAGUUGGAAGGAGAAGUUGUCCUGGAAUUGUUUUGGCAAUGCCAAUCUUAGGACUCAUUGUUGCCAAGUUGGUUUCAAAGUUUGAAAUGAAGCCUCCCGGUGGGAUGGAUAAGAUUGAUGUCACAGAAAAAGGAGGACAAUUCAGUCUGCAUAUCGCCAACCAUUCAACUGUUGUUUUUAACCCCAUUAAUACUUAAUUUUUCUUCAACAUACUUCAAAUAUUAUUUUUAUAAUCUUCUUGAAUUGAACUGCAUUAUUUUUUUUUCCUAUCUUGUAUUGUAAUGAAAAUGAGAUUCAAUACAAAUUUAUUCUUA